CAGGCAUUCUUUCUUACUGGUAACUAUGGAUCUAGCUGGCAUUGUUCUGCAAGAAAUACAUGGCGAUAACCGAUUACCACGUCUUCACAUUUUGGAGCCAUCUCCUUUUCAGUCUCACCGCAUGUUUUUCUACCAAAUGUUCAUCUCACAAUAUCAAACUUUCGUUCGUCGUCCCUUUUUCUACCCUUUACAUGAUUAGGGAUGCCCAUCGUUCCGUAUACGGUUACGGCUGUACCUUAUACGGCCGUAUAUCAUAUGAGAAAAGGGCAACGAUACGGUACGGGUUUGACCGUAUCCCGUAUACGGGCAUCAUAUGAGAGGGUGCUGACCUGGAGCAAGCAUCCAUAUAAAUUUCACCUAUCCAUACAAUACCCGUACAAAUACGGCGUAAAAAUCGAUUUCCAAACCGCUGGCGGUACGGGUAUGGGCCCGUAUAUACAGUACCCGUAUCCGCCGUAUGUACGGGUACGAUGGGCAUCUCUAUACUUUAUUGCCAGCCGUUCGAUUCGACCCUGUGUCCACCAACUUCUGAUUCUAGCCAUUGUUUGUGAUAUAACGUCUUGGCCUCCAUUUCGUUACUAUUUCUCAAGUUUACCUCUUUCGUCGCGGGUUCAUCAUUAUUUUCUCACUCGGAAGCUUUUUCCCGUCAACAUAUGCAGUGCGAACACUUCGUACCGGACUAGCCGUGGUACUCCUGUACCUGGUGGAUUUUCAAGGAAGUAUAUAUACAUUGAGCCAGAGGACCACGGUGGAUGUGGGACCAUGUGCUACUGACACAUAAACAUUCACUCUUCCCUGGCCUUCCGAGCCACCUUCAUCCUAAG